UAAAUAAAAUGGUUACAGAUUAAAAAAAAAAAAAACCUUUGUAGUGACCGUUGAUCGACUGUCAUCACCUCCUACUGUACCUUCUCGGUGAUUGGCUGCACGGAGACCCUGUUAAGGAGAGGGAAAUUGUGAUUGGCUCGUACAGCUGUCGCUCAACACCCCGUGCUGCCGGAGCGCGUGAGGGAGUGAGUUGAGUGUGCGUGCGCGCGCGCUGGUUCACUAGUUUAACUUUUCCUCACGAGCGCCGUCCUUUUUCUUUUUAUCUCUCUCCGAAGUGACGGAUGUUCUCACCUCUCAUGGAGAACCACCUUCUGCUCUCCGUGUCGUCACCGUGAAGCCUCACCGGAGUCAUGUGGAGUUGCACGGGCGCUUUUCUGCACUCGGUUUGCCUCAUUUUGACGUUUUGGUUUGAGGUGUGCUGGGCUUCCGGUUACGUGGAGUUGCGUGUGAUCGGUGUGGAGAACAGGAACGGGGAGCUGGCGAGCGGCGGGUGCUGCGGCGGAGAGAGGGGCACGGGGCAGGGGCAGGGGCAGGGCUGCGGCGCUGUAGAGUGCAACACGUAUUUCAGGGCGUGCCUGAAGGAGUACCAGGUAGAGGUCGUGACCUCGGGCCCUUGCACGUACGGAACAGCGAGCUCUGCCGUCGUCGGGGGCAACACGGUUCGGCUCGAUGGAUUCGGUAAUAACCGGAACAAAGGCAACAAUGUUGGGACUUUAAUCAUUCCGUUCCAGUUCGCCUGGCCACGAGCUUACACACUGAUCCUGGAGGCACGGGACAACAGCACCAUGACUGCUGACAGGGCAGAUGACGAGCAGCUGAUCGAGCGCAGCAUGUAUCGUGGAGAGAUGAACCCCGGAGACGAGUGUCAGCUGAUCCAGCACGUCGGCCUCACCGCCAGUUUUCAGUACAGCGUGUGUGUACGGUGCGAUCGCUAUUACUAUGGCAACAAGUGCAACAAACUGUGCCGACCCCGCGACGACCUCUUCGGCCACUACGAGUGCGAUCACCAUGGCAACCCGCAGUGUUUGGAUGGCUGGACUGGGUCCGACUGUAAGAUAGCCUUGUGUAAGCAGGGCUGCAGUGAGCUGCACGGAAGUUGCACCGUCCCGGGUCAGUGCACGUGUAGUUACGGCUGGCAGGGUCCCCUGUGUGACGAGUGUGUGCCGUACCCAGGCUGUGUUCACGGCACGUGUGUGAAGAAGUGGGACUGUAUCUGUGAGAGGAACUGGGGAGGGCUGCUGUGUGAGAAAGACCUGAAUUAUUGCGGCAGUCACCGGCCGUGUGUGAACGGAGGGACGUGUAUGAACACCGAGCCGGACGAGUAUCUCUGUGUUUGUCCUAAUGGCUAUUCAGGCAAGAACUGCGAGAUCGUGGAACACGCUUGCAUGUCCAACCCAUGUGCCAACGGCGGAACGUGCCACGAGAUUUUAUCAGGAUUCGAAUGCCACUGUCCUGCAGGGUGGUCAGGGACGACAUGCGCCAAAGACAAAGACGAGUGCAUGUCCAGUCCCUGUGCACAUGGAGGAACCUGCAUCGAUCAGGACAACGGCUUCAAGUGUGUGUGUCCUGCACAGUGGACGGGAAAAACCUGCCUAAUAGACGUGAAUGAGUGUGCGACGAGGCCUUGUGCAAACUCGUACUCGUGUAAAAAUCUGAUUGGCGGAUAUCACUGCGCCUGCAAUCCAGGGUGGGCGGGACCAAACUGUGACAUCAAUAUUCACACGUGUUAUGGUCAGUGUCAGAACGGCGGCACGUGUACGGAUGGGCGUCACGGCUACGUGUGUCAGUGCCAGCCGGGGUUUGUGGGGAAGCACUGCGAGGUGCAGCAGAGUGUGUGUGCGAGCUCGCCGUGUCAGAAUGGCGGUCAGUGUCACGCCACACACAUCACCUACGAGUGUCAGUGUGUGAACGGAUACACAGGGACGCACUGCGAGGUCCAGCUGGACCCGUGUGUUCCUAACCCGUGUGUAAACAAAGCUCAGUGCCACGCCCUGCAGUCAGGGUUCUACUGCGAGUGCGCCGACGGGUACGAGGGCAGAACCUGCGCCGAGCUGACGGACCACUGCAAGAUCAGAUCAUGUCAAGUGAUUGACAGCUGCACCAUUUCUGUGGCAAACAACUCCAAGCAGGAAGGGGCGUGGCACAUAUCAUCCAACGUGUGCGGCCCGCACGGUCGCUGUGUCAGCCAAUCAGGAGGCAACUUUACUUGUGCCUGUCUGCCAGGGUUUACAGGGACCUACUGUCACGAGAAUGUUAAUGACUGCUCUUCAUCUCCAUGUGUGAACGGGGGAACAUGUUUAGACGCCAUUAACUCGUUUAGCUGUGUGUGCCGUGACGGAUGGGAGGGUCAGCUGUGUGACCAGGAGGUAAACGAGUGUGAGUCUGAGGUGUGUAUGAACGGUGGUCUCUGUGUCGACCUGCUCAAUGACUUUUACUGCCACUGCACAGACAACUGGAAGGGAAAGACCUGUCAAUCACGAGAGAGUCAGUGUGACUCCACAACAUGUUUAAACGGUGGAACCUGCUUUGAUCACGGAGACUCGUACCGCUGUGUGUGUCUACCUGGUUUCGGAGGCAGCACCUGUAACUCAGCCGUGAACAGCACGUGUGACUCUCAGCCGUGCGCCAACGGGGGAACAUGCGUCGAAGGGGGCGGGACUUUCACUUGCAUCUGCAAGGACGGAUGGGAGGGGCCUAUUUGUACUAAGAAUGUUGAUGACUGUAAUCCUCAUCCAUGUUAUAACGGAGGGAAGUGUGUGGACGGAGAGAACUGGUUCCGGUGUCAGUGUGCUCCUGGGUUUGCCGGCCCUGACUGUCGCAUCAACCUGGACGAGUGUCAGUCGUCUCCCUGCUCUUACGGAGCCACGUGCGUGGACGAGAUUAACGGUUAUCGGUGCGUGUGUCCGGCGGGCCGAGCCGGAUCCCGCUGUCAGGAGUUUAUUGGUGUUGGUAAGGCAUGUCAGCACUCGGGUGUGUCCGUUCCACACGGCUCUCGUUGGGAAGACGACUGUAACGGCUGCCAGUGUAUGAACGCAAACAUCAAGUGCACAAAAGUGCACUGCGGAGGUCGGCCCUGUCUGCUCAGCUCCCAGGAUCUCGAUUGUGCCGGAGGGCAGGAGUGCGCACCACAUCGUUUCCUGUUUUGUCUCCGUCCACCAUGCCAGCAGUGGGGCGUGUGCUCCGAUCCCAAUCAUCCACCAAUCAGCAUCGAAUGUCAGCCCAAAUCCGAUUACACAGACAGUGAAUGUGCGCGCUUCUCCCUCGUGUUCGAUACACACAGCCUGCCUCUGGGAACCACUGUCGAUGGGAUCUGUUCCGAACUCAGAUAUCUGCCAAUCACACGAACCCUCGCUCGAGACCACACCCUCUUUAUUCUCUGUGAGCAAUCACAAUCAAGCACCAAUGCUGUGGAGGUUGCCAUGUCAUAUGAACAGAGUGCAGCGUUCGAGGAGCACACAAACAUACAGGAAGUAGUCAGCUCCAUCAUCAGCGUCCUCUCCAAGCGCCACAACAGCACGCUGCUGCUGGCCGUCCGAGAGAUCAAAGUUGUAACGCAGGUCACGCCGACAUCUCUGGAUUACCUGGUGCCGCUGCUGUGCGUGUUGUUCUCCGUGUUGUGGAUCUCCUGCAUGGUGGUGUGUAUCUGCUGGUUCCGCAAGCGCAGGAAAGCGGUAGAACGCAUCAACGCUCCAGUGGAGGAGAGCAUCAAUAACCAGCGCGGGGCAUUUCUGAGCCUUCAGGGCUCUUACAGAGAGGACAGGAAGUGUGUGACGUAUCCGCUGGACAGGAUCGGAGACGGAGCGGAGAAACAGGAAGAAGAGAACGAGGACGGCGGAGAGGAAGAGGUCAGCCCAGGCCUGGUGGUGGAUAAGUACCCUUCUUUAAAGUACACUAAAGGGGAGGUAGUGUACACCGUUUGCCCCACAGUCCAGACACUUCCUUUAAGGACGCACUGCAGCGACAAGGACAACUGGCGUAAAGACGUGAACCUGAGCGAGCGAGUCAGCGAUCGCCGCCUUUGAGCAGAACUGUCUGGAGACUUUUCCGGAUUCUUCACACACUCUCACAUUUCUGUUUACACUAUCGUCAUUGUUUUGUAAGUAAGUAAUAAGGACCUGUCUCUAUGGAUGCAAAUUCAGUUGAUGCUGAAUCUAGAACCGGCAGCUGGGAUUUUUUUCUUUUUUUCGUUUGUCGUCACGUGCGAAAUGCGUGUAAUACGUGUCAGUAGCGUAUUUUCCGGACUAUAAGACGUGUUUAUUCCUCUUUUUAUUGCUGGUGCAACGUUUUCAGCAAAGUGACGUUUAUGUUAGCAUUUUUAGCAUUGUGAGAAAAACUUUUUAUGACAGAAAUAUAACUGUAAUAUAAUUUAUAACAACCUAAAUCUUACUACCCCAGGGAGUGAGGCGACAUGGCAGAGAUAUCACAGCGCUACCCGGCUAUAAAACCGAUGCUAAUAACUGCUGUAUAAGUUCACGAUUUUUAUUCCAAUUUCAACAUAAUGAGAAAUACCAUAAUUUAAUAUUUUGUGAUAUUUUUUUUUGUCUCCAAGCAGGUAGCAGCUGUAUUUUCUAUACAAAUGUGUUUUUAAAACCGAACAAAGAAAAUCAAAAACCCAAACAUCUCCAGUAGUCAGUCAUUUUAGGUCAGCAGGUCAUUAAGCUUUAAAAAGAAGUUGACUUUUUCCUCCUAUAAAACGGACAGAAAAAAGAUCCCCAGCAAUAUAAAUUGACACUCAUUACAUUCACUGAAUGAAUCCAUCCUUAUUGUAAAUUAUUAUUAUAAUUAUUAUUAUAAAAAUAUUAUUGUUUUCUUUUUUUCUGUUUUUUUAAGUAACAGUUGUUGACCAAAAUCACCAAACAGAAGCUACAUCAGUAAAAUAAUAGUUAAAUGCAGACACUAAAGGUUAUCUUCGAUCCAGACGAGUCGUUUAGCGUCGUCUGUUUGACGAACACCGUUUCUAAUCUUUAAUAAUUAUGAUGCGCAACUUGUGCAGGCGACAUCAUUCUGUUUACUCAUCACGUCUCAGAACAACGUGAUGAGGGCUUUAGUAUUUUAUAUUCUGGAACAAACUAUAGUCCGGAAAACACAGUACACGGAGGCGACCGGAUGAAAAGCGAGCGGCUAACUAACCCUCCAGUCCUCCGUUGUUCAUCUCUUCCCGUGUGUGUAGUAAAUGCUUCAAGUCUGUAAAGUUUCAUCGUUUCACUCUGUGACAGUUCCGUUCUUUAACCUCACCGCCAGUUUUGACAAAAAAAGUUUCACGAAGACUAAAAUUUAUGUAAAAAUCUUGUGUAAAAAAAAACACAAAAACAUUACGUGUACAUGUGUAAAUAGGAAAGAGUUAUAGUUGUGUAUAUUUGAGUUUAGUAACUUAAGAGACUUUUUUAUUUUUUAUUAUUAUUGUUAUUAUUAUUAUUGCUCCAUUUUUUUUAUAUUGUCAUUCCUAUUAUUUAUGUUGGCUGAAAGCUUUUACAUUAUAAUAAAAAAUGAUAUAUAUAUUAUAAUAAAAAAUGAUAUAUAUAAAUAUAUAGAAACCAGAGGAGCGCUUACGACCGUGAUGUUUGUGUUCUUUGUUUUGCUCUGAAGUCUGUAAUCAGGAAUCUCAAUCUGUGUUAAGAAUUUCUUCAAAUGAAAACAUUUUACUUUGCAAAUCAGUCAGUUUCCUGUUUUUAAAGGACAUAUCACAUAUCAUAUCUCCUAGGCAGUACAGGUGAUCUUUUCCCCCUCAAAUUACUGAGAUUUGGGGUUUCUGUUUUUGUUUUGUGAGACAUUUUUGAACCAAAUGUGGCACAGCAGUUCAUUACAUUAAAAGAACUUCUAUAAUAAA